AUGGGGAUGCUGAUCGGAAACAGCCAGAAAUACUACAAACUUCGCAAGGAGUACGAUCCACAGGCAGGCUCUCCGCCAACGACUCCGAAGAAGCGUAAAGCGUCGGACGAUGAUGACGACGAGGAGAAGAAGCCGACUCCGUCAAAGCGAGCUCGAGACGCACGCCGAGAUCCCGCCAUCGACGGCCCGCAGGAACUCAAGACCGAAGAGAUGGCCGCGAGCGUGUGGGAUUCAUUCCCGAGCUCUCAUGCACAGUUUGCGCCCGAGGCAUUCAAUGCAGCGGCGGGCCUGGAGGAUCAGAUGUAUGAGCCGUUUCAGGGGCAGAGCAGUGGCAGCAGCAGCAGCUUGAUUUGA